AACUUUUUAUUUGGGUCAAGUGGGGCAAGUGCGUGUAUAGGCAGAUAAAUCAGAAGAUUGUUUGGAUAUUUCAUGAAUUAACGCCGUGUUUACAAGUUUCGAUUAACUCUGUUAACACAUAUUUGAUUUGCAUAUCGCUGCUAAGUACUGUGAUGGAUCCAAUAGAAGAUACACACGAUGAAAUGGCUAAAGUAACAGCAACGGGCACUUUGAAAGAAUGUGAUAAACAACAAGGGACUGAAUCUGAAGCAAGGAUUUAUCGCACAGAAGAUAUGAACGAACAACCACCGAAAGUAACAGAAACGGACACUUCUUCAAAAGAAUGUGAUAAACAUCCUGAGACCGAAACUGAAACAAGUGUGUUAACAUGCUCUGGUGAAUCAAGUUUUGGGCCUCGAGACUUCGAAAAAACAGUUUUCAUUCACCCAGCACUCUUAGCCAAGGGAAUGGGAGAAAGCAUUGAUGCUGCAUACCCGUGCGAUGGCACCGGCUUUGUGCUCCUAAUAAACUACUCACGUAAUAGACCAGGAUCAGAAAAAGAUGUCACCAAAUUGACAGGAUUCUUUCGUGAUGAACUUGGUUAUGAAGUUGAAGUCGCCCAAGACAAUAUGACAAGACAUCAACUGAGAUGCUGUUUGGAAGAUGCGAAGACGAAGAUUGACACCCGUUUCUACUGUUUUAUCUGCAUUGUUAUGGCACAUGGGGAUGAGAUGAUUAUAUAUUCGUCGUAUAUAUUCACAUGA